AGCGAACUGUAUCAAGCAUGGCGCUUGGCUUUAACGUAUUGUUAUUUGUCUGUGGUAACUUGUUCUGAACUUCGCCGACAAACCUUCUCUGCAUUUUCAUCCACGAAAAGCCUUGUAAUGCCAACGGUUGUGCUCCUCGAUGUUUCACUUUCAAUGCUACGGCUUGUCCAGACGCCAGACGAAGCUCUUGUUGAGCGUAGACAUCUAGCCAUCCGUGGCCUUCACACCUUUUUCGAUCACUUGUCCAGCAAGUUCAAGUUAGAAUUUUCUGCCUUGUUAGCUUUUUCAUCGCUAUGGGAGAUCGUUGUGCCAUUCACGCGAGAUUAUCAGUCUUUGAAGCAAGGUUGUGUUACGGUGGAUGUGUAUGACAAGACUUGUUAUGAUAACGGAUUCAGCGGUGUCGUCGGCCAUGUUUUAGAGGAAUGGGGCACAUCGGUUCCCUGUCAAGUCAUUUUGGUCACCGAUGGACGCACAGGGUCAGGGCAAGGCUCUCUCAGAGACCUUCUGGAAGGAAAGAGAAGGGACGAUUCCGAGCAACCAAGUCCUUUUCCUUUACCCUUUCCCUGUAAAAUACACGUUAUCUGUAUUGCAACGGCUAAUGAAUUAGGGGCAGAUUUAAUGCUGUUUCAAAGGCUUUGUGAUUCAGCUGGUGCAGGGGGUAGUGUCUAUGUGCCAGACACACCAUUAAGUGUCCAAUCAGUUCAGAAUGUGUUCAUGCGCCUUGCACAGACACACUACAUUAACUAUGAGGGAACCCUAUCUUGCGGACAUUUGCAGUCCAAAGUUACGUUAUCUCCACCACCAGACUUGACAAGCGUACUUGAAAGAUCUAAAAAAGCCAAAGGUCAGGAGAAAAACAGGAGGUUGCCAAGUGAAUUAUCCAUAUGUGGUUUUCUUGAUGUGGCAGAUGCUGGUAGUCCCCCACAUAUCUCACGACAUCUUGUCAUACCGGUGCCUUUGUCCUCAGCGGAUGCUAAGGAUAAAGAAGGGGGAAAAGACGCUGUGAAAGACAGUGAAGAGGAUGGGAAGACACCCUCCUUUUGUGUGCUUCUGCAUGGAAGUCUGAAAGUGGAGAAGAUGGUGGCUAUUGUUUCAUUUGAGUGAGUAGAGACAAUAAGAUGAUGGUUGGUCCGGUCCCCGGGGGUGGGGGGGGAUACUUUAGGACUUUUUGGGUGGGGAUGUGCAGUUGGGACCCUGGAUCCCUUAGCCUAUACCAGAGCUAGUUCAAGUGAAUUUUGUAACCCUAUACUAGACUAAACUCCUCAAAUCUCCUCCUAUCCUAGAGUAGCUGUUUUCCAGAAACAACUGAGGCCAGCCAAAACAAAACCGAUUUGAUUUUUUUUUAUAUUCUUGAGUGGCAAUUCCCAGUUUCCCUAGUCUAGACUAAAAUCUUCAGCCAACUGAUCAGUUUAAAUGGAAAAUGAUACCCUCUUCUAGACCCAAACUCUCUGAUUUAUAUACCCUGUCCCAGCAUAAACUGCUUGAAAACCAUACCCUUCACAGCGGCACAUACCUAUAUAGCCCAUAUACAGCAGUACCAUGCCCAUGCCAGUUAAAAAGAUGGUCAAUGCAGUUUACUGAGUAGUACAAUUGAAUUUGAUUACACUUGUCCACUGGAUAGCACUAUCCACCUUUGGUACAACUGGGACAGGAUCUAAACAACACCUCUAUGCUUUCAUCUUAAGGUGAUGUUGGGAAAUAAUAAGUAACUACUUUUUGACUGUUAAUAAUGUUUGCAAUAUUGUUUUUGUAGCUCUGACUGGUUUGGGAUGCUUCACUCAUGGGCAGACAGCAAGAAGAAAUCCAACCUAGUGUUAACAAUUUUUAGGCCUGGAGAGAGCAUUUCAUGGCUUGGAAACAUGCAGAAACUGGGCCCUGCGGCAGAGCUUGAUCCCAAUCCAUAUCACUCAACGGAUAAUGAUGAGGCAGAGACCACGCCCUUUCCAGUGAUGCCAAACCAAAGACGUAGUUAUAAUUCACAAGCCAAUGUAGUUUGGAUUAAGCCCAGUGGAUUACAGGUACAUAAUUAUAUUUGUAGGGAGUUCUGGGUAUAGCCCUAGCUUUUACGUUGAGAAAAAUGUGACACUGCGUAAAUACAAAUUUCUGCAAAAGUUGUAAAAUUAAUGUGUUUUCCCGAUAAAGAGAUUUUUCUUUGAUUGCCACAUUAAGUCAAUAAAUAAAAUCUCUAGAGGAAUGAUAAAUAAAUGCAUAUACUAGAUAUUUUUAACUUUUAUCAUUGUCUUUAAUCUAUUGUUCAGUGGUUUUAGCAGUACAGAUCUUCUUAAUCUCCAGAUUUGUGUUUGCUAUCAUUUUAGUCUGAUGUCCAAAAGCUGUUGCGUUAUGCUAAGAGGCUUCCGGACAAACAAGUACAGUUCUACAAGGUUGGUAACCUGUAAAUGCUUGUGCAAGGGGUUUAAGGCCUGGGUCAAAGGUGUGUUCGGAACAUACGAAUGAUUGGCAAUAUCUCUCACUAGGAGACCUAGAACAAAAUGUUUUUUUCCCCAGAGGUAAAUAUUGAGGUUUUCUUGUGCCUGAACCAUGUCAUGUGACCAAAAAUUGAAAAUGAAGGAAAUUGUUGAAUUGUUGGCCAAUUUCCUUUCUUUGGAUAUGAGCUGCCCAUAACCGCCCAUGUGGAUCCAUGCUUUAGUGCUGGAAAAAGUAGUCACCUGACAAGGUGCAACAAAAGUUCUUUCAAAUAGCCCAAAGUUAGUGGAGUGACUGAAUAUUUUUAUCAUGAGUUGCCUGACAAGUUAUGUAAGGUACUACAACAGUUUUAUUAACUUAAUUUUGGCCCACUGCUCCUCAGAGCUCGCCUCCUAGCUGGUAAUGUUCAGCUACAACUAACUUGCUCUUCUUGAGACCGAGAAAACUUACCACUCACAUUUAUUUUGUGAAUUGUUUUACUCAGGAGCUGAACAGACUGCGGAGAGCUGCUUUGUGUUACAGCUAUCUGGGUCUGCUUGAUGUGCUGGCAAACAUGUUAGACAAAGAGUGUCAUAAAGCCACUCCCAAAGUAGCCAAUCAUUUGCGAUAUGCAUCGGAAUGCCUUCGGGCUGGACCUAGCAUGGAUCUUAACAAGCCCAUCACCCCUUUACAGGAGUAGUUCUUCAGUCAA